GACUAUGCUUUUUCUUCCCCUUUCCCAUCCGAGUUUUUCCUGACGUUCACCCCGCGUUUCAAUCGUCCAUUGACUGGGUCGACUCCUAGAUAUGGUCUUGGAAGAUGUAACGGAAGUUCAGACCUUACCAACUGGCGAGCGAAUAAAGAGCAAGCUCAGGACCACCUUGCUGAAUGGGAACAACAUUUGCAUCGUCAAUGGGAAUGGGUCAAUCAUGCUGCUGAAAUGUUUUUGAAUGGUACUGUUGGAGAGAGGACUGUUCGUGAAAUGUGUAUAGUUCUUUUG